UUAUUUUUCAUGCAAAAUACUAAUUAGUCAAUUGUUUGUUUGUUUCUCAACAUUUAUAGUACUUUUUUAUAUCAAACGUCUCUUAUAUAAAUGUGUUUCAGAUAUAAGACUUCUAAUCAGUUGUUAUACAACAAAUCGUGAGUCAAUCUAUAACCAAAAUGAACAAGCUCAUUACUUUAGUUGCCUUUGUGGCCGCAUUAUUUGCGAUGAUUGACUGCAAGUGUGAUAUGCUUAAGGAAUUUAAGCCCGAGUUUGAUGAGAUCCAGGCGUGGGCUAAAAAGCGAUGCGAUACCAACGCGGCUCUAAGUCAGUCCGAUUUGGAUAAGGCAAAGGGUUGUUAUGACAAACACAUCCAGCAGUAUAUGGCAAGUGCUGACGGAAAGGUAGUCGACAAGUUCAUAUGCAAAGAGAUUUUCAUCAAGGAAACACUCGACGUGUGCACUAAUAAAGCCACUCAGGAUAGGAUUAAGAAUAAGGGUAUGUCUGAUGUGGGCGUUUCCCGGGGUAUGAAACUCAAGAAGGAGGUGGAGGCAGACUGUCCUAAGUUCAAGGGAGGCUUCCAGGGUUAUAAUGUAAUUCAUUGA